UACCGUUUCAAAUGCAGCUCCACAUGAAUGAUCCUGACGUAGGAUUGAAGGCUGGCCAGGUAACGGUGUUGCUGAAAACUGGACAAUUUAAUCUAUCACAGGAGCUCGUUUUGGAAUUAUUCGCGAUAAACGAGUCGGUAUAAUGCCUGAGCCUGCAGAUAUUAACAGUCCUGAGGUGGCAAAGACACCAGGGGGCAGCAGUGGCCCUGGGAAAGAAGACAGCAUGCUGAAUGGACACAAGGAAGGAGAGGCCAACCCCUUUGCAGAGUACAUGUGGAUGGAGAAUGAGGAGGAGUACAACAGGCAGGUGGAGGAAGAGCUUUUGGAGCAGGAGUUUCUGGAGCGCUGUUUCCAGGAAAUGUUGGAAGAGGAGGAUCAAGAUUGGUUCAUUCCUGCACGGGACCUUCCCUCUGGAGUUGGACACAUUCAGCAGCAGUUCAGUGGCCUGUCGGUCAAUGACUCAAAUGCCGAAGACAUUGCACGCAAAAGCAGUUUGAACCCAGAGGCAAAGGAGUUUGUGCCAGGAGUGAAAUACUAGGGAUCUACUGGGCUCCCUUAUAGAGACUCUUAUGUGACUGCUGAUGGUCAGCGGUCACCCCCACCUCAUGCCUCAAAUUAAAUUUGGUGUGUGUGUGGGGGGGGGGUGGGGGGGGGGGGGUUUGAUGCUCUUCUGUAAGCUUUUUAUUUUUAUUUGUCUCCAUGUGUACCCUGGGCAGGAUAUUGGGGUGGGCUGGGAAAUCCAAGUAAUGCUCCUAUUGGACUGAUUCACUUUGUGACUAGCUUUCUGAGAGGCAACAAUGUUAUUUCCACUAUUGUGAUAGUGAUUACCAGUUUGUCCCUGGACAUUGUUAAAAGUUUCUUCUAAUUCCUUUCUUUUCCCUUUGUACCUGUCUUUUUUUUUUUUUUUCGUCUUUUUUUUUUUUUUUUUUUUUUUAAAGGGAGGAAAUGUGUCAGAGUGGGAGGGGAAAGGGGUGGGGUGAAGAAUGAUGGACACAGCAAAAAGGAUCAUUGGCAGGUGGACCAGUUCAGAGUGUUUGGAGCUGAUGGCAGCUGACUUCCUGUAAGGGAUUUCUAAUGUGUUUAUUUUUUCUUCUUCAAUUGAAGUCCUUUCACUGUGCGACUUGCAUUUACAAAAAUGAAGAAAAAAAGUAUAAUGAAAUAAAAGAGUGGGUUCCCUCUUUGA